UGCGCGCCCGGAGAAGGCGCCCGGCCGGCGGAAUGGGCGGCGGCUCGCGCAAGGACCGCAUGUCACAAUGCAGCUGCCGCCCACGAGCAGCGACCCCAGCAACCGCCCCCCGCCGGCUGCGGCCUGCAGAGAGCCCACAGCUGCCGCCGCGCCCGGCGCGGGGCUGGGUCCGCCAAGGCGUAACCGAGGCAAACCACAGGCAGCCGGCCGCCCGGGGCAAAGACCAGGGGCUGCGUCAUGGCCGCCAGUACCCCCAGACCCUCCCUCGGAGCAGCCGCUGCGGGGAAGAGGAUGAUAUAUACAGGCCCAGAUGCUAUUCGUGAUUACAGAACAAAGCUCCCUGAGUAUCCUCGCUACAUCGGAGCAACCACUCCAGCACAAGGGGCCACGAGUGACCUUGAGUACUUGUGGCGUACUGCCCCCUGGACGACUUCUAUAUUGCCCCACAAACGUUCCUACCCUGGACAAAUUGGCUGGGGAGUAACAGAAUUUAGUUAUCUCAACAGAGGAAAUCUGCUCACUGGCAUGCAGAUUAAGACUGGAGAAUUCCGUCAGGCUGCUGAAGAUGAGAUAACUCAUCGAUACCAGAAUCCAUGGCAGCCUCCACCCAGUAUUCUUGAUCUACAAGGCUGCAACACUAGGGGCAGGCUUGCUUGGAAUUGCACUGACUAUGACAACUUCUAUCAUGCAAAGAGCAAAUGGGCUGCAAUGACCAGGGACAGCUGGUCAUCAAGGGGAUCUGCGCUUCCAAGGUUAAAGGUACAGUACUUUCCCUCACAGCGGUAUAGCUGAAAAAUUUCAACUUGAGACUGUGGUAGUGGCAAGAAAAUGAUAGAUGGAAGGAGGAGGCUGGCUUCUUAGAAUUGGUCCUGGUGCUGUAGGACUUGGCAACGCUUUUUAAAUGGGGAACAAUUUGCUGUCUGGGGAAUCAUAUACUCUGUUCCAGAAGAAAGUUUAGCUAAAUAAACCUGCUUAAAACUAAAGUGAUCAGCAUCAGCAGGCCAGUCCCUAUACAGGUUUUUAGGGCCUAUAUUGAAUCUCAAAACAAGUCUUAGCACCUGUAGCGUACAGUAUUCUAGGAACACAGGAAUAGAUGUAACACUAAUAGACACCAAAGCAUUACUGGUUUGUUCGUGAUAAGUAAACAAAUACCAAGAGGAGAUUAACUGUCUAGGCUUUUUUGUGUGCGUGUGCACACACUCCUAGGCCACAGAGGUACAACAGUAAAAUAAAACUGCCCAACAGUUCAUAUCUGAAACGAAAUGGUUAUACGCAGUGUUGGAAUUCAGUUCCAGAAUGGGGACCCACUUUCUUGUUGCUCAGAUACCAGCUCCAGUCCUCUUUCCAUAUAAUUCAAGUUGGAUACCCCAAUCACCUCAGCACUCUGUGGUAGGGGAAAGGCCAUGAAAAAGUACUCGUGAAUCCAUUCUUCU